ACAGAUGCACCCAUAACAGUCUCUACUAUUUCCUAGCCGUCACACCCCCGAGGGUAUUUCUGAACUGCGCUUCGCGCCAACUCGUCAUCGCUUUCCUUUCGUUUGUCACCAUAUCACUUCCCGGUAUUUAUAUGAAACUUUGAGCCUACCAUCCGACUGUUUUGUUGUCUUUUCUACUCUAUUCUCUUUCUCAUCCCUUCGUCCACUUCUCUUGGUUCUCAGUGGUCGAGAUCUGUUUGGACUUGCACACCAGCAUUUGACUUGGUUGCCUGGUUUGAUUUUGUUACUGCAUCGGUCUUGUCCGAAGGCCGCUCUUCUCAGCGCCUCUUUAUCUUGCCAUUGUCCCAUCGGGUGGCAUCAUCCUGCUAUAUCCAUUUCACUGCGACGAACAUCUCUGGGAGACCAUCGUCCUGUUCGAGUAACAUCAACAAUCAUGGAGUGUCUCAAAAACAGUUUCGUGGAGGGUCAGCUCCUGGAUGGGCGCUUUCGCACUGUCGCUCCUCUUAACCAUGGAUCGUUCGGCAUGGUCUUCCUCGCUACCGACAACACAACCGGGGAAGACGUUGCCAUCAAAUGCUUGACCAAAGGUGGUGCAUCACCGUACGAUGUUCGGUUCGAAGAGCUGGAUUGCCAUAAACGCCUUGCUUACCACCCCAACAUCGUCAACCUCAUCCACUCCUUCGAAACCGAGUCUCACAUGUACCUGGUUUUGGAGUACUGUGCGAAUGGCGAUCUGUACGAGGCGAUCAGACUCAACCGCGGUCCUCUGGAGACCGAACACGUGCGAGACUUUAUGUUACAGCUUGUUAGCGCUGUCGAGUUCAUGCACGCGAACGGCAUGUACCACCGUGACAUCAAGCCCGAGAACAUCUUCUUGACGCAGGAUGGAUCAAUGAAGCUGGGCGACUUGGGUUUGGCAUCCCGGGAGGACGUGUGCCACGAGGCGUGUGUUGGAAGUGACCGAUACAUGGCUCCGGAGCAAUACGACCCCCCGGCCGCUGGCUAUUCCCCCGCUAAAGCUGAUAUUUGGGCGAUUGGAAUCUGCUUGCUCAAUGUCCUCUUCGCCCGGAACCCAUUCGCUACCCCGACUGAAUCGGACAUUCUCUUCGCCGACUAUGUGCGCGACCGCCAGUCACUGUUCGACAUCUUUCCCAACAUGUCUCAGGACACUUUUGAGAUUCUGAGGUUCGCCAUGACGAUUGAUCCCGAAAAGCGUUCACUGUCUGGCAUUCGUGAUUCCAUCAUGCGGACCGUCACCUUCACCACUGACGACGAAGCUUUGGAUGAGUUCUGUACCGACGACCGCGAGGUCGUCGCUGCAAGUGCCAACAGGGAACCUCUUCGGACCCCUUCAAUCCAGAGCCCACACAUCAAUCAGGGCGACUCGUUCCCGUGGGCCAAAGCACUGCAGGCCAGCCCCCCUCAACAGUUUCGGCAGCUGUCGGCCAUUCCCGACAACGAGAGCUAUUCGGAGGAUCUAUUCCCUCCGUCCGAGACGGCUGGUACCUCGUGGUUCUCCAUCCACCAAGGUACUCCCUCAAUGGCAUCCGUUCUCGAUUCUGCUCUUGGCGAUUCGUUCCGGUCUACUGGUUUCCGUAAACAUGAGCUUCGGUUCCCUCCCCCUUCAGAUCCUGUGCCCAUCACCGGGUCCUUGCCGAGUCAUCCAACCAAGCCCUUGCCCUCCCUUUCCAUGGUUUUCGGCAAGAAGAAGGACGAGCAGAUUUCCAAGAGCUGGAGCGACCUCUGGGAUGAGGAGGAAGAAUCCGAAACCGAGGACAUGGCUUUCCACCAGCGGCGCCAGCAGAACUCUCGUAGCUGGAGUCAUGAAAGCAGCAGCCCCGUGGAGAUCAGUGUCCCUGAGCUCUGCGGUCCGCUGACGGGUCUCCGGGACGUUGGAAAUAGCUCGAUCCACAAUGUCCACCCUCAGCCACAGAAAUCUUCGGUUAUAUCAGAUGGGAUCAUGGAGAAGCCUUGGGAUGUUCCGACGGGUGCCACUGCCCUCAAAACCCCCCCUCGCACUCCCGAUUCUCCUCCGAAGAAUUCAAGCAUGGACAAGUGGGCUGCCUUGGGUGACAGAAGGAGGAACUACAAGUCUCCAGAUGCUUCCCUUGGACGCAAAAAGUUUCCUCUCAACAUGAGCUGGAGGAAAGACUGGGGCUUGGGUUCCUCAGGCUUCGACUACGGCUCCUGGGCCGCUAAGAAAGAAACCAGCCCAAUCCAGGACCGCCGCCGCCGCCCCCCCUUCCAGGAGAAGGGACGGCGUCGUGACGCCUGGGAGUCUCCGAAGGCCGCCAACGUCAAAGUUCCCCAUGGUUACGAUGGCAGUAUCGACGAGGAUCUCGAUCUCGUCGGUGGCUGGCAUGAUCUUCACCUCUAAGGACCAUGUCGCCUGCCUUCGGCUUUUCUGUCUGUAUUCGACUUGACUCGUGUUUGUUGUACCGACCAACAACCCUGAAGAGAGUGGCAAAUAUCAAACAACUUUUCUACCAACAACCAAUCCUCCCGCUUGUUUUCUUCUUCCUCUUUUUUUUUUUUUUUUUUCUACUUGAUUUUGAAGCGUCUCUCCACUCGGCGUGGUCGCACCCAGCGGUGGUGCACCG